AUGGCACAACUAUCCUCCUCCUUCGUAACGCUGGCUGUUCAGCUGGUCACCAGGCUGCUCCUUGCAACAUCCAUCCUAGGGGUUGGCUUCGUGCUUUUCGAUUAUGCGUCGAUGCUCAAUCGACGACGAAAACUCCCUCCUGGCCCAUUCCCUUGGCCAUUGGUGGGAAAUCAUUUCCAGUUACCCAAGUCGAGACCAUGGAUAGCCUGGGAGGACUGGGCGAAGCACUACGACAGCCCGAUGAUGACCAUCUGGGUAGGACGUGAGCCACGGAUCAUCAUCAGUGAUGCAUGGGUCGCCUCAGACCUGAUGGAGAAGAGGGCAGAUAUCUGGUCGUCGAGACCCCGGCUGAUCGCGAUGGGAGACGCAAUCAAUGCUACCCAUACGAACCAGACAACUCUCGUCUACGGAGACCGCUGGAGGCUUCACCGCCGACUAAUGCACACUGCAGUCGGGACACAGGCCGUAAGAGGCUACAGAACAUUCCAGGCCGAUGAGUCAAAGCUCCUCACACGCGAUAUCCUGGAAGAUCCGGACGACUACGUCAUGUCCAUUGAGCGAUACUCGGUGUCCAUUACCUCAAUUGUUGGAUGGGGCCGGAGAAUCGACAGAAAGAACGACCUGAUCGCCCAGCAGGCUCUCAAGUUGAUGGAGGGUGUCGACCUUAUCAUCCCGGGCCUAUUUAUCAUCGAAACCCUUCCAUGGCUGAUGAAGCUACCGUCUUGGUUGUACAGCUUUCCCUCUUUGCUGAAGCAUGGAUCAGCUGUGGGAGCACGAUUCUUCUACCUCCUUACUAGGGAGGGGUCAGAGGCACCCGAAGACAAUUUUGCCAAGCUGCUCAUCAAGAAUCAAGAGAAGGAGGGCUUGACGGAUCUUGAGGUCGCAAGCCUGGCUGGGAAUCUUCUUGGCGGUGGUGUUGACACGACAUCAAGCACGAUGCUCAGUUGUAUUCUGGCUAUGUGUUACUUUCCCGAAGUGCAGAAGAAAGCCCAGGCGGAGAUCGAUGCAGUUGUGGGCAACGAACGAUCCCCCAACUGGGACGACAUUGAUGCCGAGCGUCUGCCGUAUAUCACGGCGAUAGUCAAGGAGACACUCCGCUGGAGGACUGUGACCAUCCUAGCAGGUAUUCCUCAUGCCAACACACAGGACUUCGACUACAAGGGCUACCACUUUCCGGCGGGGACAAAUGUCACGGCAAACAUAUGGGCCAUGCACAGAAACGAGCGUGACUUCCCUGAACCAGACGUCUUCCGGCCAGAGCGAUUCCUGAACGGCUUGGAACGACCCUAUCCGAAUCCGAGAGGAAGUAAUCCAUUCGGCUUUGGCCGGCGUGUGUGUAGCGGACAGCCGUUGGCAGAACAAGGUCUCAUCUACAGCCUUGGCCGACUCAUUUGGGCUUUCUAUAUGAAGCCGGGUCUUGAUGAAAAUGGGCGCGAGGUCAAUCUUGACAUCUUCGCUUAUUCGGAAAGCGAGAACAUUCGGCCUCUGCCAUUCACGGCGCGUUUUAUCCCACGCAGCGAAGCUAUUCGCGAGCUUAUCGUAGAUGAGGCAGCUGCUGCGAGGAAUGCACUUCGUGUCUACGACGGGGAAACUAAGGUGACCGUUGAAGAAGCCGCCAGGGCUCCUUCGAUGUCCUAG